CGCACCAACAAGCGGACUGUCCCGCAGUAGCUCUCCUGCUUCUCCUGCUGAGAAAACUAAACAGAACUAAACACAGAGGCUUCUCCUGUAGUUAUGCUGCUCUCCUGUGUCUACAGAAAGUUGAGUGGAAUAUAACCUAAAACUUCCCCCAUCACUCCGAACAGAAAGAAAGGCUGAUCCAACGGUAAGAUGAAACCAGAGCUGGAAGACCAGAAUGGCUGCCCACAUUAAACACCUGGAAUUAUACUUUCUUUGACAAGAUCUCACACAAUUGCCAAAUAAUUCUGGAAGGAACAGUCCUGAACUCAUACAGACUCAAGUUUAAUUUCUUUCUGUGGAUUGUAAGUAAGAGACUACCAUCAUGCCUAUUCUCAAACAGUUAGUGAACAACUCUAACCAGUCGAAGCGGCGGUCUCGGGCUGACCUUACCGCAGAGAUGAUCAGUGCUCCAUUGGGGGACUUCCGCCACACCAUGCACGUUGGCAGGGGAGGAGAUGCCUUUGGGGACACUUCAUUUCUUUGUACCCGAUCAGGGGAACCUCCCAAGGAGCCGGAAACAAAGCAAGUUUCCCCAGGUCCCAAACCUGGACUGCUGUCCCGCACCUUCAGAAGCAGCAAGCGCUCUCAGUCAGUAAACCGGGGGGACAAAUACAAUAUGAUGGGGCCUACUGGGGGUUCAUCCAACUUUGUGAAAAACGCCAUAUCCCUUCCUUACCUAAACGAUGAGGAUACUAAUAGAGGACACCAAUUGCCAAAGAGCGUUUCCUCAAGCCCCAUGAAGAAGCUGACAGAGAUUGAAAGCAAGCCAGUAAAUGGUGCAGCAGCAAUGGCGACAUUGGAUGCGGAGUUCGACGAGCAUAAUUUCGGCGAACUUACAGAUUUGCCUCCAUCCAUGCCUAAGGGAGGCGGAAUGAGGCACGCAGAGUCCAUGAUGUCCUUCCACAUUGACUUGGGGCCCUCCAUGCUCGGGGAUAUCCUGAGCGUGAUGGAAAAGAGAGGCUGUGAGGAAGAUGACCUUGGUUACGAAGAAGGCAAGGGUAGCGAGGGACGUUCGUCGCCCUCCUUCAUUCCCCACAUAGAUGAUGAUGAUGUGGAGGAGCAGGCCCCUGAAAGACCACCUCGCAGCAUGUACCAGCACAAGGCCAUGGUGGAUCCCUACACCCUUGAGAUACACACCAGCAAUAACUACCACAACCUGGAUAGCUGCUCUGUUUCCAGCUCUAGCUCAGCCACUGAGGAGAAACGUCAAUACCACAUCCAUGACGGUGAUACGGACAGUGCAAAGUACAGUUCGCCUCGUGGGGAGGAUGACCGAGAUUUCACCUUCAUGGAUGAAGAUGAUGAUGAGAUUCGAGUGUAGACUAAACUGGGAUCACUGCUCCUGAACAGUCUUGAAGGACACUAAUGGAGAAGACCAUGCCUUGGGAGGUUAAAUAAAGCUGUGAAAGACAGGAGAAGGAUUUAGAGGCUCUUAAGCUUCUUGUAGAUCAAUCUAAUCUCUAUACACUUUGUUCAACAUCAUAAAUGAAAACCAAUUAAGCCUUAUUCACUUUGCUGUAUCAAAGAGAUGUGAGCCGAGUGCAGACAGACUGACUCACAAAGUUGAACUCUUGAAAGGUUUGGGUUCAUUGAUUGUUGCAGAGGUUUGCAACAUCAACCUAUGAACUCAUUGGGAAAUUCUUCACUUUCAAAUAAUACUAGCAACCCUGUCCUGUGCAUUAAUGAAGAAGAAAAAACAGCAAUCCAUUGGUUGUGAACAUCAUGUUUUAGGGAGUCAAGGGUGACCAUAAGGUUAGAGAACUGUAACCCAUCUGUAACCCAUCACAUGAAUGUCACAUUUGGAGUGUGAGGUAAGCAGAAGGAUAUGCAAGGUCACAAACUACAGGAAGAGGGAAAGAGCAAGAAGUGAAACUCAGGCCCCAUACUCAUUACUCCGUUUUACAAACGGAGAACUAAAAUGAAUACGAUCUCCGUCCACACCAGCGUUUUCGCUGCGUUUUGGAGUUGAUCUCCGUCUACAUUAAAACGACUGAAAACGCACAGCUAGGACCCGUUCAGGUACACUGGGCAUGCGCU